AUGGGUGCUUCACCUAUUUGGAUCCAUCACCCUUGCAGACUUCACCCUGAGCGGCGAGCGCCCGUCGGACUUGGAACCCUUCCCUUCCAUUUCGCUUGGCGCUCGUGUCCCGGCAUCGCGGCAGUCGCUUUAGGGCAGGGCAGGGGCAGGCUACACGGUCUACCACCUCGGACGAGAGAUACAAAAUUAAGCUCUACUUCUCGGACAUGGUGUCUUUUUGAGAUGAGAUGUAUCACACAGGGCGGUCAAGGACAAUACCGAGGUGCCCCCUUCCAGUUCUCCAUUAACCCCAAUGCGGGAGAAUGUGGUGGAUAUGGCUCCAGCAGGGUGGCACCCACCACUGCCUGA